AUGGACCUGGCGCUGCAGAGCAAGGCGAGCAAGGACACCAUCCGGGAACUGCACGGACUCCUCAUUGAGACCAAGCGCUCGUUCCUCGACGUCCGCUCCACGGAGACCAUCAUGAAAGCACUGAGGGCCAAGAUGAAGAGCGUUCGCUUAGUGGAGAAGCUUGGAAAGCUAUGGGAUCAGGAACCGUCCGAGCUAACAGAAAAUGACCUGGAAGGGCUGAGUAACUGCCUUGUGUUGUUACGGAACCUGCUGCAUGUCCCUGACAAAAGCGAAUCCGCAAAGUUUGGCAUCAGCGAGAACACGUACGAUGACUGGCUGAGCGUGCACAACAAACUCAUCUGGAACCUCUUCGUACAUGGUCUUGACGGUGUUCUCAUCCUUAUGCUGAAUAGCGAGUACAAGGUUAACUGGGCCGUCGUGGCUGUUCAGAUCAUCGCACUUCUAUAUAAAGAUCAGGAUGUGGGCAGUCUGCAGCACCUCAUCUCCAACUCAACGUCGACGUCCGAGAGCUCGGAGGACGACAUCGAGAGCAACACGUCCAAGCACUCGAUGCACCACACGAGCAGCAACGACUCUGUGCAGCAGCAGUCCCUGAACAAACUCGUCGGCGGCACCGCAGUCAAUAGCUCGGGUCCCCCGUCCACGGCUGGAGACUCCGGCUACUGCCAGUCGGACUUCACCAGCUGUUCCAACAACAGCCGAAUGUCGGGCCGGGACAAGGGAGACCCGACUAGGGAACUGUCCACGUCCAGCGCCAGCGCCGACAACCUGACGUCAUCGUCAAACGGCCAGUCCUCCUCGUCUGACGAGGAUAAUCAGGUCAAGGAGCACAUCAAGGACCCCCACCACAAGGCUUCUGCCAAGCACAGGGCCAUGCACUCUGCCGACAGCCCCUCUGGUAGCGACUCCUCCAACGAGGACGAGUUACUGGCACGUUCCAAACAACGAAGCCUUGUGGCCAUGUCUCGCAAGAGCAAGAGCCAGCUCAAAGGCGGCAAAUGCACGCCCUCUGUGUGCCUAGAAGCCGCAGUGUCCUCGCUGGAGUUCCGGUCAACUCUCAGAGACCCGGUUUGGGACCGCAAAAAGACCCUCGUCCUCCUGGACGUGUCUGCGCACGUGCCGUCAAACGAUGACAUCAGCAACAUCCUCCAGAGCUUCACCAUCAGUUUCUUGCACAGCGGCUUCGGAGCUUUGGUCGUCGAGCUUAUGAAGGUGAACCAGGACAAGGGCGCCAGCCUGAUCGACCGCUGCCACUUCCUUUGGGUGGUGGGCUACUUCACGGGUCUGGCGACGGCCCUUGGCCUGUCCUUCCACCACGUGAAGCCUGUGCUCUCCGUCGAGGUGGUCGGCCUGCUCGUCUACGAGGCCAUCGCCGUGUGUAACGAACUCGACCUCGACGCGCACAACUCGGCGGAGAGCUCCAAGCUGCUCAAGAAGAGGUACCACCUCGUGGUCCGGGCCUUCCGGGAGCUCAUCGCCGCCAUCGGAACGUACAACAGCCGCUGCAAGGGCGACGACAUGCGGAGAAUCUGCGUGUCCCUGGCCAAGCUGGAGGACCUUCGCAACAUCCCGCUGCUGCUGAUCCGCAAGUGGGCGGCCAUGCCCGGCCAACUGCUCGUGGACCUCAUCAUCACCAACCACCUGCUCCUACUCAUCCUGGAGUACGCCCAGAAGACCGAGGGCGGGCUCGAGAUAGACAUCCUGGGGCACCUCACCCAGUUCGCAACAACGGAAGUAAUGGAAAAGUAUGGAGAAGUGCUGAAGGACUUUAGGACCAACAGUAUGCUGGUGAACGACUGCGUCUUUACAAUGAUGCACCACGUGGCGGGAGACCUGAAGCGUCCUGAAGCCCUCUUUCAUCCGAGCAUCCUUUCGUGCUUCGUCAACAUCCUCAACGAAGGCGCCGAAAUUCCCGAACUCUACGAGGACCUGGUGGGCUACGUGAUGAACCGCUACCUGAAGCUGGCCGGCCGGAACCCGGAGCUGUACGCGGAGCGCAUGCCCGUGGUGCACAAGGGAGCUCCGGCGUCGAGCACGCAGCCCCUGGUCGUGCCCCCUUUCUACUACGACGAGACCAGCGACUCGGACUCGGACCUGGACGAGGGCGACGACAACGCCCUCUACUGGUGCUUCCUCCAGUUCGAGUACGACAGCGACCCCGUCGGGCAGAUCGUGGAACACCUCAAGAGGAACGACGUGCGCAGGACGCGGAGAGAGAUACUGGACCAACUGAAAUUCAAGCGUGUCAUCUCAAACACACAAUGUGAGAAGCUGGAAGAAAAGGAGAGACAGUUCCUGCUCAACUCCAGCAAGGUCAAAGAUCACGCCGAAAGUCAAGAGGUCGUCAACGAAGAAAUCUCCGAGAUCACAGACUUGGUGCUCAAGCUCAAAGGUUUGGGCUUCGAGUCGCAGUUGCAAUGGAUACAGAAGAAAUUCCUCGAAGUCUGCUACGUCAAAUUGAAGAGCAACCGGCCGCUGGUGGACGCCGAGCCCGUGGCGCUGCACUACACCCUGCUCGGGCAGAGUGUACCCAUCGUGGCCUUCAGCGAGAUCCAGUCGACGGCGCUCAAGAACCUCGACUUCUUCCAGCUGCUCCAGAAACUUGGCCUGCACGUGCCCAAGCCCGGACAGUGCCCCUACAUCCCCUGCUCCUGGGAGCCGGACAAGCUGUACGCCACGGCACGCAAACUCGGCCCCCUCUCCUCACGCAAGCUGGCGAAGCUCUGCUUCCCCGCAGCCAACCGCUGAAGUUAGACGGGAACGCCGGCCGUCGUGGAAACGUCGACGCGGCCGCCGCAGCGUGCCCUACCCGAUCCGAACGAUGCUUGGGUGCCUCGGCAAGAGGUUUCGUCAUCUCAUGGGCGCAGUUCAAACCAAGUUGUUUUCGAAGGAACAUUUAGUUCUCCGUACCAACGCGUCGGCUCCCGUGAACACUUUACCCCGGACGAUAAUGGUUUACACAGCGCGAUAACAAUCACCCGCAAAGGUACUCCCCAAAUUGGCAGCUUAAUGUGGAACGAAACGUGGGGAAUGGAGCCUUGACUUCAGGGCUUGGAGGCUGACGGUCGAGCUUGGUUGGUCGCGUUGGCGGAGCGUUAUGUGGAGAGCAUUUCUGGGUACAAAGCUACAUUUUGCCGGUGAGGUUCAGUUCUCGUUAAAUGUAGGUGUGCAUGCGCGUGAGUGAGUGAGCACAAAUGAUUGCCUUGAGUGUGAACACAUGACAAAUUUGUAUCUGCAUGGAAAAUAAACAUAUACAUCAAUUAUGUAUACGCAAUGCAAGCUUAUGGUGCAUAUAGAGCUACAUAAAUUUGUACAAAUUAAGGCUUGUAGUAAACUUGUACAAAAUAAACGAUGCGCGAAACUAACGAAUAGCGCAAUAUGCAACUUUGUAACUCUCAAGUGAAAAUGGUGUACAUUAUCAACUUCGAUCGCCUUGCGCACCAUAUCUCGUUAUAUUACGGUGUAAGCAAAUUGUGUGAGCCCGUUGUACAAACUUUACGUAGCUCUGUAUCACUCGAGUGCAGUACUUGUUGUAUAGUCUGAGAUUCUAUCCACCCGCCACAAUCUGGCUCACCCAAAACACACAGAAAUAAUGCCCUGAGAAAUGAGAACGGCCCGUUGCCACAGUAUUUUUCUGAGGCUGACGUACCCAAGUAAACCAACGAGAGGCCUUUGGCAGGCUCCAGCGAAAGACUAACGGUCAGUUUAGACCACACGAGAAUCUUUUAAAGCGCAGUCUAAAUUUCGGAUAUACUGAAAUGACGGCUUCCAAUGGACAAAUUUCCAAACGCACGUGCCACAAGCGAGUGUGUGCUUCCGGCCAUCCUCGCUUGAGAAUACUAGAAAACCAUCGAUUUCUCGCUUACUGGACAAUGUACAGAUCAUUUCAUUUAUAUGACCUUUAGGGCCCUCUUUCAAGGGCACUACAGUCACACUCGUUUAUAACGAACAGCAGCAAACGCUACGAUCAGUUCGAUAUAGCAAGUAUUUCGACAUAGCAGAAACCAUCUACAACGGACUUCUACGAUGCGUUCGUUGUAAGGCGAGAGCAUCUCUCUCUUUAUCAUCUCUUCGCUUCCUCUUGUAACAAAACGCUGGAAAGAUUUUUUUUCUUUGGAUUCUUGCAGGGUUAGUUUUUUUUAGGUUAUCUCCCCUUCUGAAUCGCUUCCCUUCGUGAGCAACCGCUGUAUGAUGAAAAUAUUUUUUUUUUCUGUGCG